AUGGGGAAGGCGAGCGAUAAUCCAUCUUCUGUAUCAGAGAAAUCGUCUAAGGGACCAGACAAUCAGCUUGUUGUGAAAUAUGACGAUCCAGAUACUAAAGUGGUAAUCAGACUUCUUCCUCCGAAUUUGACAGAGGAGGCAUUUCUACUACAAUUGCCAUGCGAGGCCCAUCCAUUCGAGGGCGGCAAGAGCCUGCUUGUGAACUACUACUAUCAAAGAGGCAGUCCGUCAACAAAACCUUUUGAGGAACCCACGUUCUCCAGAGCUUACUUUAAGUUCACACUGAAAGAGAAAGCCAAUGCGUUUAGAAGUUCAAUGGAAAAGAUUGUUUUCGAGGAUCUCGAUAGCGGGGAUCGGGUACGAUGUGAGAUGUUCAAGCCGAUUUUUGGCUCUGUCGUUGAUUUAACGCCGCCGAAGACUCCAGGAAGCAUCAUUCAUGACCCUUUGUUCGUAAAGUUUUUGGAGCAGUUUGAAUCGCCAACGGCAUCUCAUGACUUGGUUGCCAUUAUCAAUUCAACAAAUGCAGAGAAGGCAAGGCUUAAACGCGAAAAGAGUCGACCCAAAGCGAAUGAUAAAGACCAAACUAGCAAAGUGAAAGAAUCAAAAGGGAUACGACCUACUCGUGCAAAACAGUCGCUGAAAAGCGAGGAGAAAGCUCCGAAACAUACGGAUAAAAAGAAAGAGUCCAAAAAAAAUAAUGUAAAGACCAAAGAAAAGAUCAAUAAGAAAUCGAACAAACACGACGAGGCAAAGUCAAAGAAGAAGAGUCCUUCAAAGCAAAAAAAAGCUGAUGAUGCAAACAAGACAAAGCGGUCCGGAAGCAGUUCAAAAGAUGAUUCUUCAAAUAAUUGUGAAAGUCAUUCCAAACCUAAGAAGAAGGCACAGAGAGCACCGAAAAGGCAAAUCACAAAGGCAUCAGCAAGUACUUCUCACAGUGACUCGAAACAGCAGAAUUCUAAAAGCGGUACACCUGGCAACGGAGGUAACACAUAA